AUGGCCGGCAACGAGUUGGCAAUACGAGAGUUAAAUCUUUUAACGAAGAACAAGUUAAUAGAGAUUAUUUUAACCAAGAAAUUACCUACUGAUAUUAAAGUUAGUGAGUCUACCAGAAAACUUGUUGAGGAUGGAACUGUGGAUCCUAUUAGUGAACCUGAAAUCAUGAAACUGAAGCAGGAUGAUAUAACCUGCAAGUUAUUAUGUGCUGAAAAGGAACUUGUUUGUGCAAAUGUGGAAAGAGAAUAUCAAAAGCGAUUAAUCGCUGAAAUGGAGAGGUCUCUUUCUAAUCAGCAGGUAACAAUUUCAUCCCAGGAAUAUUUGAUUAAAAUGUUGAAAAUGAAUGAAAACAACAUAAACAAGAAUUGCAACGUUGCCGCUCCUCCAGGCAAAUCGCAAAAUCAAAAUAAAGGACAUGCAACCAUGAAACAAGUAGUGGAAUCGAAACAGAAUGUAUCAGGAAAAGUCAACGUAGACGGCAACACCUGGAACGACAUUGUGCAGAAGGAGUGCGAUAAGCAACCAGAUAACAAGCCGAAUAAACAUAUACAAACUGUUCACUAUGAUAUCAAUGAAGAAAAUUCGAAUACGACCGCAAGGAAUGAAUGGAAAGUGGUAACUGGGAAACAUUAUACCAAAAAGGGGACAGUUUGUACUGGAAUAAAUGCUCCUAAACAAGAAAACAUUAUGGGUGCACCUCAAAAACGGUGGAUAUAUCUAGGGAGAAUUGCAGGAGAUACUUCGGAGGAAGCCAUCUCCGAAUAUCUAAGUAUCGUGGUCAUGGUGGUGUGGCGGCCGCUGUGAAAAAUUCUCAUAUAGGCAAAUUUGUACCUAGAAACGAUAUAAACCUGAAAUCUGUGGAAAUGGAAAUUGAGGUUUGUGCGAUACAGUCAACUCAAUUAAAAACUAUAAUUAUAGCUCUUUAUCGUAAUCCACAUGGUAAUUUUGAUAUUUUUCUUGAUGUGACUACAUGUAUUUUGGAAUUGAUGGAUAUUUGUGACUAUCGUAUUUUCGUUUUGGGGGACUUUAAUGUGAAUUUUCUUAUAGAUAGCGCUAAUAAAUCUGCGAUCAUUGAUCUUUUCUCUUCAUAUGGACUACGUAAGUUAGUGUCAUCCCCUACUAGAGGUAUUGCAUGUUUGGAUAACAUAUUUACGAACGUUGGGGAAUGUAAGGGUUGUGUGAUUGAUUUGGGCUUCUCAGAUCACAUGGGUGUAGAGACUAAAUUUGCUUGCGAGUCAGAGUCUAAGAGAGCCUGUAAGCUGACUGUAUGUAGGCCACUCACUAGGGUUGGAAUUGAUACUA